UCUCAAAGCUUUGGCACCUGUUACUAUCCAUCAAAACUGAAAACUUCAAUGUAAUAAAACUCGCUAAACGGUUGACAACAAUUUGGUCUUUGGCAUCACCGGUGAAGUGUCAGCAUUCAAUGAAAGAGCUUUGAAACUACGCCAUUUACUGUACUGGGUCGUCUCUUCUUCAGCUCCAAGAGAACCUCCAAAGUCUACAUAUUUUGGACUUGUAUAUCUGAGCUUUUCUUGUGUUGUUUUGCCUGAAGGAAUUUUGGGUAUUGUUCUGGGUGAUGGGCUGGCGGUACAAAGCUGGGUUGGGGUUGAUUGGAGUCGUGGUGCUCAUAUGGGUUACUUCUGCAGAGAUUACUCAGAAAAUUUUUGCCGAGUAUAAGCAUCCAUUCGUGCUCACAUAUCUUGGGAUCUCUCUUAUGGUUCCAGAAGGAGAGAUGCAAAGCUGCCUAAUUGCAGACAUAGAUCUAAAUAAAACAGAAGAGGGGUGGCCAUUUAUAUCUGAGAACCCGGAAGAUGAGUUCCACAUGCUUGAAGAGAACCAUAAACUCAGUUCAUGGGAAGUUACCAAAUGUGGUUUGUAUCUUGCUCCCAUAUGGUUUGCAACAGAGCCUCUUUCAACUGAUAACACAUUGUAG